AUGUCGACAUCAGUCCCCAUUCCCAUAGAUGAUCCCAUAGAUCAACCCCACAAACUUAGCCACCGUAUUCUGGCGAUGGCAAACCUUAUUAUCCACUACAAAAGGCUGCUCGAUGAAACCAUAAUUCCCGCAGCCAAUGACAUCAUCGCCAUCGGCGACACUGCCCAGUUCGGCGCCGAAUCUAUACUCCAUAAAUCCGAUAACAGGAUGAAAGCCAUCGAAACCAGCGGUAUCAAGAUGGGGGGCCGCAGGCGAGCAGAUUUACUCCUCAAAAGCUUGAAUGCGCAUGUGGAUGAGUUCUGGAAGUAUGGAUGGGACGCCCUUAACUUCUACGUCGAUGGCCAGGGCUAUCUCAACCUUAAAGAAGAUGUCGAGCCUGACGUGUUUACCGUCCACGAGGAUGAGCUUGCAGCGGCAGUGCGCGAUAGCGGGGCGGAUUACUACGCACAGUUGAAGGAGGCACUGUUGACGCAGGCUGAUGAUGAUCAAGAGCGGGUAAACAAGAUGUUGGAGGAGAAUCAGAUUUGGAACGAGUUUAUGAAAACGGACAAGCAUAAAGGGUUUGGGGCGGAGUUUAGUGAGCGUAUGGCGGAAUGGAACGACAAGUCGAAUGAUUUAGAGAAACGCGCUCCAUCGCCGACCUUGAAAUUGUCGGGCGACAUUGACGACCAUCUCGCUCAUGUGAAAAAGGCUAUCGCCGAAAUUGAGCUGAUGAAGGCUGCCGUCAAGACUGAACUGGAGAAGACUGUUGACAAGUCCGAGCUGGAGAAGGACAGCACGGACUAG